UUGACUCACUGCUUACCAACGAUUUCUGGUCAAUGGUUUCAGAACCGUCGGUUGUUGUUGGGACGCAUCAUUUAAUCCUGUUGGUAGAAAAGUGUUCCAAACAGUUGGAGGUUUGACUUUAACCUCAUUUACAGCUGUCCUGUCCUGCAUUUACACAAUAAAGGAGGUUCUCUGACUGGCGGGUCAUGGAGGACGAUCGGUCUCAGCAUCGACCUCAGUUCGCGGUGUCUAGCUCACGAUACGCCCUGUGGUUUCUGGGAGACAUGAUUUACCUUUUGGCUGUACACAAAGACAAAUCCAGGGAGGAUUUUCACUCAGUGCUUUCUUGUUGUCUACAGAGACCGGCUCUCUGUUGAUUGUGUUAUCUGAGCCUUUUAGCUGUGUUUCAGCUCGCCCAUCUCUGCUCUGCUGAAUCAAUGGCAAGGCCCUUUCAUUCCCACGUUUACCUCCACUUCUGUGCAGUCAGCUUUCCUCUUAGUCUAUGAUGUCACACAAGAGAUGGAGAUGCUGUUUUAGGCCAACAGUGGUUUGUUGUGAAAAGUUAAUCAUAAGAUAGAUGUGGUGUAAAAAGAAAAAGUAAACAAUUUAAUGGUUUUAAAAAAGCAAAUAAAAACAAGUAUAAGCAGAAAAGUGCAUUCUUCGAGCGGAGGGGAGGAGCUUCAGUAAAAUAAAUGCCAACGCUGAUCCAGAGGAGAUGUUCACUAAACUGGACAGGAUCGGGAAAGGCUCCUUCGGAGAAGUCUUCAAAGGCAUCGACAAUCGGACCCAGAAAGUUGUGGCUAUCAAAAUCAUUGAUCUGGAGGAGGCAGAGGAUGAAAUAGAGGACAUUCAGCAGGAGAUCACAGUUCUGAGCCAGUGUCACAGUCCUUUCAUCACCAAGUACUUUGGCUCUUACCUCAAGAGUACAAAGUUGUGGAUCAUUAUGGAAUAUUUGGGUGGAGGAUCAGCUCUAGAUUUACUGGAACCAGGUCCUCUGGAUGAAACCCAGAUUGCCACAAUCCUAAGAGAAAUCCUUAAAGGUCUUGAGUAUUUACACUCUGAAAAGAAAAUCCAUCGAGAUAUCAAAGCUGCUAACGUGUUGCUGUCGGAACAAGGCGAGGUAAAACUCGCAGACUUCGGCGUGGCGGGCCAGCUGACAGACACACAAAUCAAGAGGAACACUUUUGUAGGAACGCCAUUCUGGAUGGCCCCUGAGGUCAUAAAGCAAUCGUCCUACGACUCAAAGGCAGACAUCUGGUCAUUAGGAAUUACAGCCAUAGAACUGGCUAAAGGAGAGCCCCCCCACUCUGACCUGCACCCCAUGAAAGUACUGUUCCUCAUCCCAAAGAAUAAUCCACCGACACUGGAAGGAAACUACAGCAAGGCACUGAAAGAAUUCAUCGAAGCCUGUUUGAACAAAGAUCCAAGCUUUAGACCAACUGCCAAAGAACUGCUGAAACACAGAUAUAUUGUGAAGCACGCCAAAAGGACAACCUUCCUGACGGAGCUGAUUGACAGACACAAACGAUGGAAAACUCAGCGGUCCAGAGAUAAAUCCAGCUCAGACGACUCGGAUGAGGAGCUGGACAACAGGGCGUCUGCGGGCGGCAGCGGUGACUUUUCAUUCCCUAUUACUCUCCCGGGUCCAGACAAGCGUCAGAAUGGACUAGAACGACCUGCUGACUCAGUAAAUCAGCAGGAGAGUCCAAAACGGCAUCUGUCACAAAGCCUGGCAACUAUCUUCUCUCCACUGUUUUUAGAGUUAAAAGCCAAAGGUGGAACCAGCAACGGAAAGGCAGAAGCUGCAGAGGAGCUGAAGAAGGAGUUCUUCAACGCGGAGGACAAACAUCCGGGGAUCUGUGACUCCCUGGUGGCUGAGCUGCUGCAGAGACUCCAGAGGUUUUCUGGGCUUCAUGCUGCUGCUGCUCUGUGAAGGAACCAACGCCCAGCUCUCCCACUUUUCCAUCCUGGAGGCAGUUUUUCAAACUUUGAGCUCCACACGAGCAGAGAGGAAGUUUCCCAGAAGAUCUUCAUCCUUUCUGCUGAAAGCCGACUCGGGCAGGCUGCCGGCCUGCAGUGCAUGCUGGAACCUGACUGAAGAAGGAAGUGGUGGAGGAGAGGAAUCUGAUGGAUGAGGUUCCUUCAUCUGAACACUUUCCUUUCUUAGAGCUGAAACUCUUGAUGAGUUUUCCCUCGUUUUGGUUUGAUCAUGUGAGUCUGUGGGAGACAGAACCUAGUUCUUCGGCAGAUGAUGGCGUCUUCUAGAAAAUUCUACUGAUUGAUUAAAAUGACAUGUGGACCACUGUGUUCAAAAAAACCCAUGUAAAGCAAAUGAUUGUGACAAAAUGACCACAAAUGAGAUGGCCUUUGUGUUUUUCAUCUGUUUUUGUCUGGAUUUCUGUUGUUCCCUGUGAAGGAAAAGUCCUGCCUGCUGUUUGUCUUUAACUCUGUUGUCUGAAAGAUCUUUUUGUUAGUCUUAAACUGGCCUUUCGAUCCGGUCAGUCUCUCCACUGUAGCUGCACCUUGACAAACUUGCACUCUGAAUGUGAAUGUCUUUGACUGAUGCAUAAAAAAGAGCUAGCCAUAUAAAAGUAGCAUAAAGGUUGCAGUAUUUUGCAGAUGUAUGCGUUACAUCAACCUGAACACUCCAACUGUUUUGAGGAGUUUUAUUUUUUUUUUUUAAGUGUGAUGUAAACCUAAUGAGAACAUGAGUUUAUCUGCACUGCUGCAUCCAACGGUACCUUAAAGAGAAUGUGCAUGAGGCCUGAUGCUGAGCUGUAUGUGUUGUAGCAUACUUUAGAGGGAUAAACACAGAUAAUCAGGGUUUUUGUUAAAUGAAUGGAGUUAAAUUAGCUUUAAAAGAGUUUCAGUGCGUUAGCUCUGAUUCUGUUUUUGUUGUUUUCUGUCCAGAAAAUGCACUUUUGUAGAAAACCUGGCGGCGUGUGACAAUCCUUUCAUUUGUUUCCUGACACGAGCACAAACGGUUUCCCUUUAGAAGGCAAUUGUUUAUCAGUUUAGGAAAAGAACUGGACUUGUGAAUCGCUAUAUAAUCUACCAGAUGAGGCCUUUUCGUUUAUAUUAAUUGUUUAAUUAGUUCUGUGAUUUAAAAAAAGCACAAAUGUUUGUCAUUUUACACUUUUAUAGUGAUUUACACCAGUGCAUCGCUGCAUAUCAAUGAGUCAAAAUAUAGUUUUCCUUCUAAUAAAACUGAUUGUUUUUCUGGAAAAAAAUUCCAAAAAUGUUCAUUUUUCUUUUUAAAUUUGUUGCCUUUCAAGUAUUUAGCUUCAGUCAGGUGAAUAACUCUGCCAUUUCAUUCCUGAUUAUUUUACAUUUAAAGCUAAACAAACGGUUUGCAUCUAUUUUUGAUUUAAAAUAGCUUGUAACAUAACAUACGCUUUACCGAUAAAGAACUUUAAGAGAGACUGCGGAUCAUCGAAAACUGGUCUUAAAAGGCUGCUCAGUGAAAAAUGAAUCUUUUAGGAAAUGCCUUGUGAAAACACUCCAUUUAUCCUUUUCAGGACAAUUUGCACAUUUGACAAAGUCUAAUGUUAAAAUAUUAAAAUGAUUCUUUUAUGAUCGAUAUUGAUUUAGUAAAUCUACAAAUUGGUUUUCAUUGAAUAAAUGGUAUUUUCCGGAAAUAGAGCUGAUUUUAGUUCAAUUUUUUGGUAAGAAAUUAUGGUUUUAAUGAAGAACUGCCACCAGUUGUUCAGGUUAAAUCACUAGUUAUGUAAAAAUGUGUUUUUCAUUUCAAAAUAAAAUUGGUUUUGAAUAGAAACUUGGAGAGGAAAAACACUUUAAAUGGUGAAUUAAAUUAUGAGCUUGUGAAAUCAAAUCAAGUCGAGGUUUGUUUUGUUUUGGUUGCACUUGUGAUUUUUCUCUGGAGUUUAGAACAAAGCAGAAGCUUUUUGUUGUGCCUUUUUUUGCUGCAGGUUCCGAAAAGAACACAGGUUUUAUUGCCUUGCCUUUAAUGCCACAAAAGAACACUGUCUGGAAUUCUGGGAAGAAGCUGGAGUGUUUUCAAUCGGACCAUCUUAAUACCCUCACACAGCAGUAUUACCGUGUCACGGGGGCAAAGUUUGCCUUUUAACUUUUACUUUCAGUUUCUCUUUUUAGUCAUCGCAUGCCAGUCACAUGAUUGUUGAAUUCAGGCAUUGCUAUUGGAUUGAAAUGCAAACAAAAAUAAAGAUUUGACAACUUUGAA